AUGGAUCCUUUGUCCAAGGAGCAGCAUUCUUACAGCGAUGGACACGUAUUUACUUCUGCUACGGAAUUAUCUCCAUUCCAUUCUGAUGAUGAUGAUAGUAGUAAUCUCUUUGAAGAGGAAGAAGCAGCAGCAGCAGAAGAUGAAGGAGAAGAGAAAGUAGAGCUUUUUUCGUCUUCUCUUGCUACGAAACCGCGUGGUCUUGAAUUACUUCUUGCCCCACGUUCAUAUAGUAGUAAUGAAGAAGAAAAAGAACAAGAUGAAGACAUAGAGAAGCAAUUACAUGAUACACUUUUACCGUGGGCUGAAGAUGAUGAAGAAACAAGAAGUAUUGAGGAAGAUAUUGAUGAAGAUGAUGAGGAUGAAGACAUGAAUGCUGCAUCAGCUGUUAUGGCUAUUGGUUACGGAUCAUUUCAUAAUGUACCUGAUGUUUCCUGCUUACAUAAACAACGUCAUGAUUAUGACCCCAUUGAUGAUUUGGAAGUAUCGCUUCAGUCAUUACAACAUGUAGCACAACAGAAAGGACUGGAUACAACAGCAUUACGUUGUUGGAGUAUGAAGGAAGAUGGGAAAUUACUAGAUCCAGAUCAUCAUGAAUAUCGAAGAUUAAGAGACGCAUUACGAGCGUAUACGUACCUAUUACAAGGUGUUAUUCCAAGAGAAGAUAUAUAUUAUCUUGCAAUUUUAAGACGAAAAUUGGCACAGAUGGUAUUGCCAUUGGUGGAUGGACCUAUUAGUGUCAUAGCACUUGGACAUGUUGUCCCAGAGAAACAUUUUUACACGAGCAAGAGAUUGUUUCCGAUUGGCUACGAGACGCUUGUCAAGGUGCAACUGUCGAAUCCCGUGCCAGUUGCUUUUCGAUUACGAUGCAAAAUUGUGCAUGGCAACAAAAAAAAGUCUCCGAUUUUUGUGGUGGAACUCGAAAAUAGCGCAGUUGAAAUUGUAUUUAGGUCGUAUGUGGCGAGCAAAGCUUGGAAAAAGGCUCUUGUGCAUUUUGAGAGUCUGUCCGCCGACGAUUUGAUGACUCUAGUAUGCGGGUCGGUGGUAUUCGUAGAAACUGACGAAAACGGCAAAAGCAUUGAUGUGCUGACACCUGCUAGUAGUGAGGAUGGUUUUGGUCUACUUCGACGAAGUAUCACCCGCGUGUUAGAAGGACUGCACCAAGUACUGUUAUGCAGAGAUUAUCAAUUUUGGGAGCAGCGGCAUUCAAUCACGCCAGAUGUUCACGCUAAGAUUCGCUCGCGUCUGAAAGGGCAGUUAACGGAUGUGCUUCAAGCUCAUACUUCUUUUUCUAAGGAUGAGAUUAGUCAUCAGCUGUCACAAGAAUUAUUAUUAGAAGAGCAUUCCCAUGAUGCUGACGAUGUGCAGCGCUUUAAGCAGCAGGAAGAAAAGGAACAACGUGAAGCUGACAAACGUUCUGUUCGGAAAGCAGCGCGUAAACUUUUAGAAAUCGAAAUGAAGGCUCAAGCAGAUGCUAAAGAAGCUCAGCAGCGCGCAAAAGAAGCGCGCAAAAGCGCAAUUAUUGAAGCUAAGAUGGAAGCUGCUCGGCAAAAGGAGGCACGAAAGGAGGCAUUACGUCUCGCGAAGGAAGAAGAGAAGCGCAUGAGAGAGGAAGAAAAGGAAAUAAAGCGUGCGUUACGGGAAGAGGAAAAACGCAAAAAGUUAGAAGAGAAGGAAAAUUCUAUGAAGAGAAGAAUAGAUGAGCUGCGACAGCGUCGCCAAAUGCUCGAAGAGCAGAAAGCGAUUCUUGAGAAUGGUGUCGUGACGUCAUCGUCUCCGCGAAGAUUUAGCGACUCAAGGAAAAGGAAGGCCCCACCCGAUGCGCAGUCCAUUAGACAGCAACAGCUUGUGCUGCUAAAGUUUGUCGAAGAAGAAAAAGAGCGGCGACGACAGAUUUGUCUAUGGGAGAAGAGGAAGGAGGUGGAGAGGGAAGUUUGGGCUCGCGUAAAAGCACGCUAUACUUUAGAAUUACAGAACCGGCCCUCUUUAUCUGAUGACCAGUAUCCUCAACCUCAUGAGUACAACAUUUUAAAAAAUCAAGAUACCAAAUUUCCAUUGCAGGUAAUCUCUCAAGCCGCUGAUUUGGAUGCGGUCCCGUCGGAUUGUCAGGCUGAUUUACUUUUCGUGUGGGAUUUUAUUUCGACAUUCUCAGACUGUUUGAAACUGCCGGUACUUCCCUCACUCAGCGUCUUUGUGAAAAUGAUGACGUUGAGUGACGGGUCGAGCCCUGUUGGGGACGGUGAACUGGAUGAUGAUUCGAUUGGUACACUCUUUGCAUCAUUGCAUGCAGAGCUGUUAAAGGUGUUGAUCACCGAAUAUUUCCCGCUGCUUCAAAUGGGGACUACCAUAGAUGAAUUUUAUCGCACACGACCUAUGAACGCAUUUAGCUGGCCAGAACUUGCACGCGAAGUAUGUCAGUUUGCAAUGGAGUUCAAGCGUCCCAGCGCAGAUGAACAACUGCUGAAAUCUAUAAAGGGUGCCAGAUCAUACCGAGAUGAUUCAGUUACGCAUCCACUGCGUCAGAAGCUACAACGGCGAGGAACCAACUUGCUGAACGGGAUUCAGUUUGAGGAAGUGAAAGAGGAACCAGAGGCUGAAAGCUCGCAUGAAACAAUCUCGAACGGGUUGGCUUCUGACGCAAAUUAUUCAUCAGAAUUAAGCAAAUAUUACGGUGUUGUCUUUGUUGAAGGUGUAUUUAGUCGAAUUAAGAUGGAGGAGAAGGGUCAGAAUCUCGUCGUGACAGAAAUCAUCGCCAAAAAUAUUUCUGCAAACAACGCGGGAUCGUCCACUGCUACUGAGCAAAAGGAAGAUAGUGCUGAUCGAAUACGAGUUGGGGAUUACCUUUUGUGCGUCAACGGUCACGAUGUCCGCGAGACAUCACUUGAUGAAUUCAACUGUCUUUUGAGUAAGCUUCAGACUCCCCACGGUUUGCUACUGUCCUCGAUUGUUCCUGUGGUUAGGAAUCCCAUGAAACAUGUUGCAACAACGCAAGGAGCGACAAAAAUGAAGCGCUGUGGAUUCGUGCUAAAGCUUCUUCGAGCAAAAGAAAUUGCAGGACCGUUCAAUCAACCAGUGGAUGCUGAGCUUUAUCCUGACUACUACUCUAGCGGCGAUAUCACGGAGCCAAUGGACUUAGGCACGAUUUCUGAGAAAAUCGAGGACGAAGAUUACGAAAACGAUGACGUCGAGUCUUUUGUUGAUGAUAUACAGCUAGUGUGGAGAAACUGCUACACAUACAACUCAAUGAAAGCCGAAAUCUCGAACAUGGCUCAGAAAUUGUCGGCGAUUUUUGAGCGAUUAAUGAAAGAAUGGGUGUACACGACAGCAAAUCGACCGAUGGCUGCUGCAGAAGAAGAUAAUUGUCGCAAUUGUCGAACAAUUCAUGCGAAGGGCCAAUUGUUAUUGUGUGAUCGCUGUGACGCGCCCUAUCACACGUUUUGUCUUGAUCCUUCAUUGUCUGAUAUCCCUAAGCGCGAGUGGUUUUGCUUAUCGUGCCAUGCAAACCCCUCCUUUUUACCCGAACAGUUUCAAAAAAAGAUCCGUGACAUGGCUAACUCAAGUGACAACACGGGCAAUUGUGAGCGAAACGAAAACGACUUGACAGAGCUGGAAAAGCAACUUUUAUCUGCAAUUGACCUUCUAUCACAGGAAAACUACUCCAAACUAACCAUCAGUGACCGAUUAAAAGUGCUGCGAGUAUUGUGCGAGUUGAUGGAGGAGGCGUCCGCAGUACAGUCAGUGUAUCACUCUCUUCACGAAAAAGCAAAUGAUGUACGAAAGAAGCUGGGAGAAUCGCUGGCUGACUUGGAGCGCGAGUGGGAUCAGUUUACUCCGCCACACUCGUCGCACGGUGUUGAACAGACUAAGAAGUUUAUCAUUGAUGGUGUAGAGCGUGAGCUGACGGACGAGCUAUUGACGUAUCUGGAGGACAAAGCAAAGGCAGAGCUAGAAUCAAGACCCAUUCCUGUAUUACCCGAAAGUGCUAGGAAAAAGCUUUGCGACGAUACAAACAGAGUAAAGGAGGAACCCAUGGCUUUGACAACGGAGGAUGAUCCCUCCGACACGUCAAGCGUGAACAAUGCUUGUGAUGACGUGCGUGGUGCGGUGUUAUCACGUCCGGUGUGUGCAUUUUGCGGUUUGGAGGAUGGGGUUCUGAAUGGGCCGUUACGCUCUUGCAAGCAAUCCGCAUUGACAUCCCACACAACGCUGUUAAAACAUUACGAACUUCCGGAGCUGCUGAUAGGUGGAGGGGCUGAGAUGCUGACUGUGCGAACGCUUACGACGAACGACCUUGCAACCAUGCUUUUGGAAGAUACGGCAGACGGUGUACAAUAUUCUGAGAGCAGUUGUGACAUACCAAAUUACUCAUUAAGCCAGGAUGAAUUGGACAGCCGGCAAUCCCAACUCGAAAGCACAAAGAGAGUCGUUUACGCGAUCAAUGACCGUGUAGUAUUUGGAAUGAGUCGUGCUGCUAUCCAAGAUCAUCUGAGAGCUGCUACGCAACCAGUCUUGCUUUACCUGACAGUACUGCCUGGGGAGGCUGUUCGUGCCUCGGCAUCGAUUGUAAAAUGUCAUGGUCUGCCACUGAUGUUGGUUUUGGAUGGCCAUGAAUCGUUUAUUUUCGUUCAGUCGUAUCGCUCAUCAGAAGACGUCCCGGUAGGAUUUGGAGAGCUUUCCGGGCAAGUAUUUCCGGGUGACGUGCUCCUGAUGGUGAACGGUACUUUGACACGCGGUAAGGAUGUUGCUGAUAUCAAAAUGUUGUUUUCUACGAAGAGCCCUGUCGAACCUAUAUAUGCAGUUUUCGUCCGUCCCCCCUCCGCAAAAAUGAGAAAAGCUGAUGAAGAGUGGCAACGUGUUGUACAUGAUGCGCCUUCACAACGCGCGAGGAAGACAGCGUUUCGAGCUGGCUUGAUUACACCACAAAUGGGUUCGUAUGAGGUGAUCUUUCAAGACGGCCCGCUUGGUUUGGCAUUAGCGCUUGAAACUCGAGGUGUGGUUGUUAAAUCGUUGAAUGACCAUCCAGACGGUACACUGGGUCAAGCAUCAAUGAGUGGGAGUAUUUUGCGUGGAGACUUGGUGGAACGUGUCAAUGGUGCAUCCUAUGGCCAGCUGAAUGAUUUAUCUCAGUUUACGUCGUGGCUGCUAAGCCUGCCGCGGCCCCUAAAAAUCACCUUUUCUAGGCAACCACCUGGAGGAGGCACUCCGAUUGUGACCCCCGAAGAGGCAAAUAAGCGUCUUGCUGAGUUGUUGAGCAAUCCAUCUCUGCUCUAUAAACAGCUGAAGCUUCCUACAUUCAGCGAUGUUAAGACAUAUCGCGUCGAGUCGUUUCCACUGCCGUUUGAAGUCGAGAAUUUUCUGGAGUACCUCGGUGUCAUCGCAGUAAAGGGUCUUGUGUACUGUGAACAGUAUGCCAGCUCAAAUAAACCGGACGAAAAGGUAUCUGUAUCGACUGUUCGGAUCGGUGAUCGUAUUGUAGGGCUCAACGGCAAACCUGUCACCGGUUUGAGCUGGGCGACGGUGAAUGCGCUGUGUGCAGAAAUGUCAUCUACCUGUCCAGUUUAUAUCCAUUUUACACGCUUUGCUAAACCAAUGACGUUGCUACAAGCUCACGAGUCUUGUGUCGAAAGUGCCAAUGUUGCAUGGUCAGAAUGUGGAUCGAUGCUUCCUCGAAUUGAGAAAGCUCGAAAGAUGGAGAGCUUUAUCAAAUGGUCAAUCGUUCCAAGAACUCUAGCAUUCGGAAAGUGCCGACAUGGCUACUCCUUCUAUCGGUUUUCCUGUGAUCAUAACCGUUUGUUUGUUCUAUCUCCAGAAAAGAAGUGGUCAUUGUGUGCCACCAAAGAUCACCUCGUUCAGCUGCUUUCAUAUUUGGAUGAGGAUUCGAGAGACGCUAAGAUUGCUACUCAAAUUCGGUGGUGCUUUCAUUGGGUCCUUCACAGCGAAAGUACACGGCAUCGGCUCCGACAGGGUUUCACGUGUUGCGAAUACUCUAGCGAAGAUUAUAUCCGAGACGGGCCUUUUUCCAUUAAGAAGAAAGUUCUUCUGGCCAUGGACGGAGAUACGGAGAAAUACGAAUCGAUGGUGGGCUACCACGGACGCAAUUUUUUUCUCGGGUCAUUCCACACGCAGCAAGAAGCCGAACGCUCGCUACUACGUGCUGAGACAUCAAUUUGCUCCACGGGAUUCCAUACAGUGGUAGCAGCAGAUGUUACUUCUUUGCGUGAUGCAAAUUUUCCUUUGUCAAUUGUAGCUCCAUAUCCGAAAGCAAAGAGCGUGGUGAAGCGUCUUUUAUCGCGGAAGUACGAAUAUGGAAGCGCGAUAGAUCGAUAUGGAGAGGUGAAGCCCAUUCCAAUUUCACACGAUGUAUAUCAACUCAUUAAGCAUAGUCUUCGGUCGGACAAAGCAAUGUUAAACUGCAUUCAUGAUGUGGCAAGGUCCGGGGUGUACCAGACUGGGGUGCCACAUGUUGCGGUACCGAGAAUGCAAGGAGACGUACAGUUGCCUGCGUAUGCUGCCGCUCAAGCGCGUUACCAAGACGCUUUGAAGCGGAAACAUACACAAAUAGGAGACCUUUAUGCACACCAAAGCACUGAACAGUCGAAGCGGAAUCGAUAUGCAGAUUCAAAUGAAGCUGCAAGAAAGCAGCAACAAUUUGCACUUGGCGCGCCCAACAAUGCUGUUUCUUUUAAGCGGUCGCUUCAGGCGCUAGUGGAUCACGGGCGAUCAAUGCUGGCAGUUUGGAAUCGAUUUGCUGCCUCUGCUACUGUUCAGACGACAAAUGCGCUGGCCUAUGCAUGUUUGUCCAGUUUUGAAGCGAUAAAAAAGGUUGUGUCGCGUAUCGUUGUUGAUCCCACCGCAACCCAUCCGGACUCCAAAACAUUUGUGUGCCUCCAUCACGCGUACGUGAUGGGAUUGAUUUGCGCGAUGGCAACGCAGGCACUCACAACCAGCCAGAAAACACAUUCGGACUCGGCUUUGGUAAAGCAAGUGGCAGACGCGUUCGCGACAGCUAUUCUCAGUUGCGUGGAUCCAUCGAACAUGCUGCGCGCACGGGCACUCAGCGGGUUUGCUACUGCAGCGAAAAAGUGCGAACCGUCUCAACGCGCUGGUGAUUUGUCAGUUGAGCUCCACAAUGUUGCAAAUUUUGUAUUAAUGUUUUUGCGAACGACACAAUACCUGUCGGGUUCGAGUUUCGACGACCUAAGCAUUUGCCGGCCGCUAUUUACGCCGUCAACUCCAGGCGUAGAAUCUUUGCCUGCAUCGUUCGUGCAGCAGAUUAAUUUACUCGAGAACAUUCGGCAAGCUUUUUAUCGCAAAAUCAACAUUGCUUCCCGCGGAACCAUUCCUGGUCAAAAUCAGCCGUCUCUUCCGAUUCCGGCGUAUAGAGUGAUGCCAGGAUCGACUUCAAUGCCGAGAAACCUGACGAGCAAUCCUCAGACCUCAAACCAAGCCAGUAACAACGGCACACUUGUGGACGUGGAGUUUGGAUAUGGUCCACUAGGUGUUGUAAUCAACUACUCUAACCAAGGAACUAUUGUUGUUACAGAGUUCUCUAACGACAGCAACAACAUGAUGGGUCAGGCUCAGGCAAGCGGAAAGGUGCAGGUGGGUGACGAAGUCUAUGCGGUAAAUGGUAAUAAGUUGGAGGUUCUUGGUAUGGAGGGAUUCAAAACUGCAGUUGCUACUAGCAAGCGACCGCUACAAGUGACAUUCCGGCGAAUGUUGCCAUCUUCUCUUGGUGGGGCAGUACAGGUACAAAGUUCCACUUUCAACAUGGGAUAUUCGGCAAAUACAACUACUCAAGGGACGAUACCUUCUGCUGAAGUUGCGUCUGCAAUAAACCACCAAGCACAGCAACCAAGUGCCUCCAAUCAGCCGAUGACAGCAGGAAGCAUGAACAGCAACGGAUUAUACGGCAACCAGCAACCACGAAGUGAACCGAUGGUUAUGGGAAGUAGUAAUUUGAAUCCAGGCAAAGGUUUCCAAGGCGCAAACCCAGAACAGUUUCCUGGCAUGGGUGAAAAUAUCAAUUUGCUCCCUUUUCCAUCAGCGCCUUCAAGUGAACAAAUGGGAAAUCCAUCUUUGGAGUACGGAAAUCUACAAACGGCAGGUAACUUGUCAGAUUUCAUGGGUGAUAUGUCCGGGCAAACUUUUCCUGCUGUGCCUUCCAUGUGCAAUACGAGUUACGACACAUUGCCAAAUGCGUACACCGAUGAUGUGGCUAGCACUGCAAGUGUUCAAAACACAGGUGGAGGCUGGCAACAUGCACCUAACCCGAUAAUUUCUCAUUCAGUUCCUCCAGGGUCCGUGCUGAAUGCUAUGAAUGUGAACGAAAGUGGAAAUGUGCAAUCAAUGGAUUCUGAGCCGUUGUUGCCAAACGCAUCAUCCGGAAUGGGCUAUUCGUCAGCCCCACCGCCAAUAGCUGGAGCUCCGGUCUCAUAUCACAGCAAUAGUUCGACUGGUGAGUUUUUGAACUUUGUAGCAGGGAAUGAUUCCCAACUGCCGCCAAAUGGAGAUCCAUCACAGGUAAAUUAUUAUGAUGCAAACGAAACGACUUACCGCGGGACUUCAGACUUUGAUAUCGACACAAGUGCGACCACAUCGAACGAGACAACAGCUCUGACUACAGAACGUAGUACAAUCGCGGAUGUCGAUACAGAACCUGAGUCACCGUCGAUCUCACAGGUGACGACACCAGCACAGUCCGAUACGGACGCAGAACGUAGCGAAAUUGAAAGGCAGCGUGACCGCGAGGUGCAGUUAGCGAGAUUGCAGGAAGCGUCGAGAGGGUUACAAAGCAGCUCGGCAGAUGUUAGUUCGACUUCUGAGCGAUCUCGUACCAAUGCGCAGGCUCAACUUGCGGCUGCGGAGGCGAGCCAAACGGUCACAACGGUAGUGGUGUCAACACCUACCGUCUCGACAUCCCAGUCAGAACAAGCAACUGUAGUAAUUCCCGAAGAAAGCCCCCCACUGCAAACUGCAAGGGCAUCGGUUCAUGCUCAAACUGGAGGAAAGGAGCCUCGUGUAACCGACAAGACUAGUGUAUCCAGGAGAUCAUCACGCGUGUCUCGCAAAAUUACUAAUAUUGCUGAUAUGUAUGAUCCCGAUUUUGCCAAGACCCAUUCGAAAGGAGGCAGCGAAGCAGGGACAGAAGAACCGACGGAUGGAGAGGUUGGAGAGCUAGCAACUGAGUUGUUAGAAGCAUUUGGCGCGACAAUCCGUCCACGAAAAAAGGACCUCCCGCGUUCGUUGCUGCUUCUUCGAGCUCAAUUGCUUACUAUUGAAUCAGCAAUUCCGCGCGAUGCUUUUCGCUCGGGUCGAUGGGGACGCUCUAUUCGUGCUGCAUGGGCAGAAAUGGUUUAUGCGUGCGAUACCUCGGCUAUGCUAAUGGAAGCAGUCGUGUUCUUGGAAGCUAGCAUUGACCCGGAAUGGCUUGACCCGAGUUGGAAGGCAUCUCCGCUUCCAUCAGCGAAAAAUGCGAUCACCACAGCAACGAUAGCAUCUGCUGCAAUGCGGCUAUAUUCGUUGGACGACGCAAUUUCGUACGGACGUAUGAAGCGUGGAGGCAAGCGUAAGCAGCGAAACGCACCAGCAACUGCGAAUUCUAGUCGGCCUGGUGUGAUCCAGAAGACAACAAUAAUUAGCCAGGAACUGAACGCAGCCGAGCCUCGAGAACGGUCUUUGACAAUUUACGCACACCGAAAGGCUCGGAGUGAGGUCGCUGCAAUUACAUCACUCACGGAGGACCAGGUCGAACGAUGGAUUCAAGCAAGCUCGGCUCACCAAGCCCAAACAUCAUCAGCACAGCUUCAGAGCGUAUCCGGACGAUCUGCUGCGCUGAAGCGAAAACAUCCUGGCCCUCAACUAAGCGGGACGUCAGGCCAGCGCUCUAUUUCCAGUCGAAAGCGACGAGCCCAAAACUUAUCAAACGCUUCCACCCCAAUGGCAACGCCUCAGGAGACGCAAUAUGUUGAGCUGCGUUGCUUUCAAAUGAAGACUCCACAGCACUGUUUUCCCAUGGGAAGCGCACAGGAUGUAACACUGCGGUCGCGCUUAGAGCGUAUUAUGGAUAUAGUGUUGCGAAAUGAGUUGGCACUAGCAUUCUCUGCGCCAGUGAACGUAAAUGAUGUACCUGGGUACGCGAAUAUUAUCAAGCACCCUAUGGACUUGGGUACGAUCAGGAUAAGGCUGAGCCGUGGAUUUUACGACCAACGGUUCGAAAUGCUUGUGCGGGAUGUGAACCUUGUUUGGGAAAACUGCUUUACGUUUAAUCGCCUCGAUGCUGACAUCUCCAAGUGUGCAAAUCGAUUGCGAUCUAUCUUCAAUCGGCUAUUUGAGCAGUGGGUCACUGAAGUGCCACCCAACACCCCGGUGACACAUCUUGCCUCGGAGGAAUUGUGCAGGCAAUGUGGUCAAAUGAACGCGCAAGAGAGCAUGUUGCUGUGCGAUAGCUGCGAUGCAGCGUAUCAUGCCUUCUGUCUCCAGCCGCCUCUAACUUCCAUCCCACCAGGCAACUGGUACUGUCCACGAUGCCCAAUCAAGAAACUCUCUAUGUAG